GGACUGUUUGUUCCUACGGAUGUCGGAUCGUAAAACACUAGGUAGUUUUUUUUAUACAGAGGCUCCGCAUCCUGCGCGAUGGUACCCGCCAUUAUCUUUCCUCUUGUGUUUUACCUGGCCAGCGCUGCCGAAGAUCAUGUGGCCACCUUAGCACCGAAAACCUUGCCGACUUUAACACCCUUCACCACCAUGACCAUGCCCUACCCCACCACCACCACGGCCACCAUGACCACCACCCUUUACCCCUGUACGUGCUGUAGGAAAGAGCAGAGGUGCACCUUUACUACAACAACCAGACCUCUGCCAUGUUUGCUCCGCGGGAGAUCGACCUGUUUAGACCCGCCGUGCGUGGACCAGACAUCGUACAACAGCUACACCUGCUCCUGUGGAACAUGUCCAACCGGACCUAACUGUUACGCUUGGGACCGAACCAUUAUCCCUGCAGGGGAGGCUGUGGAGGUGAACGGCGCCGUGUGUGAGUGCCGCUGGAAGAGAUGGGGAGACAGAUUCUCUCCGUAUGCAGACUGCCGAUGGGGCGUCAUCUCUGGCUGACCAAUACACCUCAUAAGUCACACGAGAUCCUAAAGAGUGAAAUAGUGACAUGGCAAUUUGUACAUUGCAUGCAUUCACUGCAAAUGUCAGCGAAGCAAAUAAACUGUGGUUCAUGACAACCAUCUGAAUAAUCGUUUUGCCAAUACUUACUAUGAUGUACUAAGAGUGCGUUUUUUUCGGCCAGGGGUUUUAUUGAAAGGCUGUCAGGACAGUUAAUUGCAAAAUGUAAUUCUUUAAUGGAUAAGUGUGAGCUGGCUAAUUUAAAAAAUUGUCACAAUACCGAAGUUCUUUCAAUAAUCGUCAAGGUUCAUUUUCAACUACAAAUGCCUCGUAUCGUACACAGCUAAUACUAAUACUUACUGUAGACUUCAGUAAUGACAUACUAGCCAAAGCGCAGACUCCGGAUAUUUCGUUCUGACCUAAAGUUCAACAUGGCGUUCUCCUCGACCUUUAACAGGUGCGAGAUUCUCAUCCCUUUGACACAAAGCCAUGUCAAUUUCAUCUUAUUUACCCAGUGAGAUGAAGGAAGUGUAAGGCUAGCUACUUCAGGAAAACGGUGAACGCAAGUAUAUAAUAAUGCGGACAAUCGCUGUAAUGGAGCACACUGGGUUACUUCUUCCUAUCCUACAAGAAAGCCUGAUCAAUGAAAAUACACCGCAAGAAUCAAUGUGACAUUAUGUUGUACUUGAGCUUAAUACGUUUCUUCUUCGAAGUUGCGUCACAACGUUAGAUAGAAUUUGGCCAUUGAAAAUUUCAGGUACAAUUCGCAAUGUGUUAUCAAAUUACUCGGAAAUCUGUUUUGCAACAAAUGUAGGUCCAAAGUUGACACGAUUUUCAUUUCAGAAGUGAAUGAAUAUUACAACCAUGACUGACAUGGAUAUCUAAUUUGCUAGAAAAGUCAACAUGACGCAAUAGCAUAGACACACAAGAGCUAUUUGUUCCUCCGGAUGGAGGAUCAAAUAGUAGUCCAGUCUUUAGAUUGUGUCAAACAACACUGUAACCUUGCCACCGAUGCUUCACUAUGCUAUCUGCCAUGUUUUUCCUCCUGGUGUUUCUCCUGACCAGCGGGGCCGAAUGCAGGAGUCUGUUCUCAGACGGACGCGGACGGGUGUAUCCUUCAGCAAGGCAGUCAGUGAAGAGCACCACCACAACCGAACCCCCCAUCGUGCCCACCACCACCACCAUCAUCACCACCGCCGUGUUCACCACAGAGACCAACACCGCCACACACCCAACGAUAUUCUUGUGCUCAGAAUAUGAUGCACAUUGCGUGGACCCGACCCCCUUCCACGGUUGGGUCUACUACUACGACUACCCGAGCGGCUGUCACUUUGCUCCCUGUCCAAAUGGACCUAACUGUUGGGCCUGGGACAUGUCCAUUAUCCCUUCAGGAAGCGCUGUUGAGGUGGGCGGUGCCAUGUGUAAGUGCCGAGUAGGGUACCUAUACUCACAUUACGCAGACUGCAGAUGGGGCGUCAUCUCCGGCUGACCGACAAACGGUCGUGUCACCUGAGUUUGUGCUGAGUCCUAAAGCGGGUCUCUCGCUCUUUCUGGGCUGCGCUUAUCGGUGCCUACUGUUUUUUUCUUUUUUUUUUUAAUUCAAACAAGAACACAUUACAGACGCAGCGGUGGCUUAAUUGAUGUGCACGAAGCAAAUGAUGAAUUGUGACAAAAACUUGUUGUAAACGCAAGUCCGAUCCCUAAACCCGAAGGCGAAAAGUCAAAUUCAACACUGUAAAAGAAACCUAUAAAUAGUAAUGAGGAAAUUUUGCCAAGAUUUAUGAUAAAUGAAAUAGUCUAGAUUUUGCAGCCUCUACCAACUGCAGGGACCAAUAUGCGAAUCCUAACAUACACUAUUCGGCCAACUCACAGCAUACUGUUCACUACAUUUGGUUAAUGUCUACUAGUAUUCCAGCGAUCCAUGGAGCCUAGUAGAGGCUGAAGAUUUUGGCGUUUAUGGAAGAUGAACAAAAUGCAUAAGUGUGGCUUAUUUGAAACGCUUCCACAAGACCGAAGUUUCUCUCAAUGAUCUUAAGUGUGAUUUUUCAACAAUAAAAACUUCUACCUACGCCUUGUGUCGUGUAAAGCUUUUUAAUAUUAGUAGUUAUGGCAAACUCUUACAUUGUCAAUGAUAUAAAGUUGAAGUUGGAUAAUAUC